AUGGAAAGUUUUGAAAAUUUGAGUAUAAGAGACAGUUUCACUAGCGGAAUGGAACACGUUGAUGAGGAACUAGUAGGCCUCUCCGACCUGAGUAUAUCCAAACAGGGGCCAACUUUGUCGCCACAACUUAUCAACCGAUUCAUGCCCCAUUUCCCCUCGAGCCCAUCACCUCUGCGAAAUACAUUGGAUUUUAGUACUGCUAAAGCUGAUGAGGAAGAAGAUGACCGAAUGGAGAUAGAUGAAGUUGAUGAUACAAGUUUCGAAGAGGAAUACAAUGGCGAACCAAUCGAUGCUCCUACUGAAGCGACCGAGAAUGCCAUAGUGGAAGAAAUCGAGGCCACCCCAGAAGACAAGCAAAAGCAAAAAAAUAGUGAAACCCAGGACCAAAAUGUAGAAGAGGUCGAGAAUAUUGUUUCACCGCAUCAUUCAACUGUCAUAAAGGCAUUAUUAUCACCGACCGAUUUAGGUGUAGCCGCAGCUACUAAAGUUGAAGGUGUUGUACCAUUGCCACAAUCAUCCAAUCAAGGCAACAAUGAAAUUUCCAAGAGCAACGUACAAGAUGAAGAUGUAAUCGAAAACGAAGAAGUCGAAGAUGAAAUCAACUCAUCGACUGGGAACGACAAAGCAAACAAGUACACAAAUGCGUUCGAUUCGGAGAUCAUCAAGAGGGAGUUAAGAUCAAGAUCAAAAUAUCAACCGAUACAGGUUUCAUUUAAUACACACAAUUACUUUUAUUCGGAUGAAGAUGGUGUUAAGACUUAUUCUCUUACUAAACCAAAUUACAAUAGAAUAGAUGAAUUCUAUAACCAAAAUGAAGCUUUCAAGUUGCCUAAGCCAUGGUCACCCAAUUCACAUCCGGCAUCAAGAGCAUCAUACGCCCUAAUGUCAUAUUUACAGUUAUUUCUCAAUGCGAUCACUACAGUAGUGAUUUUUAGUUUUAUACUCUCAUUUAUCAUAGCGCUUCAAAAGGACUUGAAAUCCACAUGGGAACAAAGAAAACAUGAAUUGCAGUACGAAUCCAAGAUUUGUCAAGAGCAGUACAUCACAAACCGUUGUAACCAGACGCCCGGAUUGCCAGCUCUGGGUGAACAGUGUGCUAUAUGGAAACAGUGUAUGAACAGAAAUAACGAUAUCUUUUUCCGUGCAAGAUCUACGUUGAGCGCAAAGUUGUUCGGAGACAUUAUCAACUCAUUCAUAGAUCCAUUAAAUUGGAAAACACUAUUUGUUAUCUUUUGUGGUGUUGUAACUUGGUGUUUCAGUUCAAAUUUCUUGCUGGGGUUUGUAAGAGCCAAGAGCUACUAUGGCGAUGGCAUAAAGAGAUAUCCCUUGCCAUCUUCACCAACAUCUCCGACAUCUCCGACAUCACAAUCGUCUAUGGCAGCUUCUAGAGAGGACUCACGCUUACUCAAGCAAUAG